UGAUGGCGGCUUUGAGUGAUACCUACCUACAUUGAAGUCUGAAUCUAGAUAUCAGGAAAUGUUUCAUUGGCACUAACAAUAAUUAAAACGUUGCUCGUGAAUUAAAGAACAGAAUUUUGAAAUAUGCUUUAAUAUCUACGUCGUACAAAAAUAAAUUAAACUUGUGGCCCUUCAAUUUAUCUAGCGACAUGAUUAAAUAAAAGGGCGUUAUGAACAUUAUUUGCUGGUGGUCCGAAUUACAAUGUAGUUAUGUGUGUCAGCAUUUUGGAUUUGAUAGCGAAGAAAUGCGAAUUAUUAUUUUGCGGAGCAUUUAAACAAUAGUCAUAGUGUAGGUGUUGGUCGGUAUGUGACACAACUGCAAAAACAAACUGUGUUAUGAAUGAGGAGGCUCUUCUAGCACGGGCUUCCGAGGAGCGGGAGCGUAUCUUCCAGAGAUAUGAAAGGGGCAGAGAGAAUCUCGUCGGUCAAAUAGACCCGUGGGAGGACCCUGAGUUCGAGGACUAUCACAAAACUGAUAGGUAUGGGUUUAUCCACGAUGAGCGGUUGCCGCAAAAAACGGCGCCGCAAAAGAUCAACGUUGAAGUCGAGAGGGAGAAAAAAUGGGUCAAGAUGCUUGGCUCAUGGGACUCUCCCACAACAAAAGAAAAGCUACAUAGAAGAAUUUAUAAAGGCAUUCCAAAUUCAUUAAGGAGUAAGAUAUGGUGCAAACUGUUAGAUGUUAACCGAAUAAAGUCUGAGAAUCUGGGGAAGUACAGAGAGAUGUUAAAAUUGGCCAAGACAUGGUCAACGGACGUCAGGCAGAUAGAUUCAGAUGUAAAUAGGCAGUUUCGUGAACACCAGUUCUACAGAGAGAGAUAUUCAGAAAAGCAGUGUUCAUUGUUCAAUGUUCUAUGUGCUUACAGCAUGUACAAUUCCGAAGUAGGUUAUUGUCAAGGCAUGUCAGGUUUAGCCGGUGUUCUGCUUAUGUAUAUGGAUGAAGAAGAUGCGUUCUGGGCUUUAGCGAUAUUAUUAUCUGAUAAGAAGUAUGCCAUGCAUGGAUUGUAUAUUGAAGGAUUCCCAAAGUUAACAAGAUUCCUGGAGCAUCACGAUAAAAUACUCACAAAGUUCAUGCCUAAGCUCAAGUUUCAUUUCGAUAAGUAUGGCCUAGAUGCCAUAUUGUACUCUCUCAAAUGGUAUUUUGUAUGUUUUGUUGAACGAGUUCCAUUCAGUCUUUGUUUGCGAGUAUGGGAUAUAUAUUUACUGGAUGGAGAGCGUGUUAUAACAGCUAUGGCAUAUUCUAUUCUUAAGCUCCAUAAAAAAGCCAUAAUGAAGUUGAAUGAUAUGGAUCUUAUUGUAAAUUAUAUCCAGGUUAAAUUACAUAAGGAUUUCGGUUUCGAGGACGACAUAGUCAUAUACAACUUGGAGAGGUCCAUGGAUGAGUUGAAACGGGCGAAGCUCGAUUAUCCUGGGCCUCCGCCCCCCGCCGAGUUGCCUAAGAGACAACUAGGAACGUUUGUGGAACCGGACAAGAAAUCCAAGAUUGGUCAAAGGGCUGAGAACUUUUCGGAUGCCGAGAAACAAGCUAGAGCUACAGUGAUUUUAAGGCGUGAAAAGGCGGCCAUAGAUCUGCAGGAGCUGCGCGUAUCACAAAGCGACACGGUGUCAGAGCACAGCGGCGCGGCGGCGCGCUGCGAGGACUCGGCGUCGGCGCUGGGCUCGCGGCGCUCGCUCGCGGACACGAGCGUCACGAGCACGGCCGACCUGAGCGUGUUCUCGAGCGGGCGGUCGCACGCGCCGGACAACUCGCUCGACACGCACAGCAACAUCAGCGACGCGGACGACGGCACUGGGUCAGAUGGGUCCGGUAUCUGCGGUCUAAGCAUACAGAGGGUUUCCACGGCCAAUUCAACACCGCGGGCCACUCCGUACCCGCCUUCAGUUUCUCCCAUGUCAGAGGACGUGGUUCGCAUCCACGUGACGUACAACCCACUUGCAGCCAGCCCUUCGCACCUGCAGCCCGUCAGCCCGUCCAAGUACAAGGGCUACACUGAGAUACACCAUAAGCCAGCGACCCUCGGCUUCUACACCUCGAACGGUACUAACAUGCCCUCCGACAACAGGAUACGCAUUCAAGUCCCUUCUGAAGAACUCCUGACGCCAGUCGUCGACUCCGGCCGCAUCAUCUCUCCACGGUACAUCGAAUCUCAUUCGGGAAUAUAUGAUAUUAAAUAGAUUUAGCACGCUUUUUAGGUGUUGAGUACAAAAUUUGGGAAUACUGCAGCGGCGAUGUUGAGUUUGCGAUUGCUUUGCGCAUAUUUUUGGUCAUAUUAUUAAAGACUGUAGGAUGUAUGUUUUUAUAUUAAUAUUAUUUCGUGUAGGAAUUGCAAUGAGGUUUUUUAAAUGGUUUUAUUGGUGUUAGGUUAAAUGUUGGUCCGUUUAUUUCUCGAUGUAUAAUAAAUAUUAAAAUUAUAUGAUCACCAAAAGUAUAUUCGAUUUAGAUAUCGUACUUUCGUUUGGUAACGUUUAGUCUGUUUACAACGUUUUGGUAAAUCUUGAGUAGUAAAAAGUAAUCUUUAAACCUUAAUUCAUUCCGUGAAUCGACACCUAAUAUUAAAAGUAAGAUGUCAGUAUUUUUGUAUUAACUUUUAAAGUAUUAGCAUGUUAUUUUUAUGUAGAGGUGUGAUGAGCUGAUUUUUAUAACUAAUAUCUUUAUUUUAGUACAAAAUUACUCAUAGUCCACGCUUUGAGCAUUGUAUUUAGUUUUUGCACUGAAUGUUUAACCAAAGCAUGUUAAGGGAUAGUUUAUACAAUAUGCCUUUACAACCACGGGAUUGUUGAUUGAAUUUGAUAAAAUGAAACGUAUAUUACUCAAAUUUGUUGUAUAAAUGUUGUUCAAAUGUUAUCGCUCGUAAAGUGAGCCUUGCUCUAAUACAGGACCUUACGAACCUACAGUGAGAAACGCAAUAAUAUCAGUCUAACUGUUAAACUAGGUGUAAUAUAUGUUACCGUUCAUAGCCGUGUUUGAAUGUGUAAGUCGAGUGUUUUCCAAACUUAAUUCCUUCUACACGGAAAACUGUGCAAGCCUAGUUUGCACAAGUACGAGGAAAUGUGUGGACGGGCCUUUAGCUUCAAAUUAGGACAAGUCUAGACGAUAGAUCAAUUUCGUUAAUUAUAAAAUGUGAGACACUCGCAGUAUGCCUUGGAAAUAAUAAAACAUAUAUAGUUAGAUAUGUAGGCAAAUAGUUAUUAUAGUAAAUUAUUGUUUAUUGGUAAUACAUUAAGGUUUAAGGUUGGAAAACACUGGUUAUAUUAAGUAUUCUGGAAGUGGGUGCGAUUUAGUCAUUGCUUCCACUUAUCUUUUGUGUGGAACAUUUUUGUAUUUGUUAUUAUUCGCAUAUUACAACACGAUUAAAUUAAUGUGAUUGGUCAAUUGUAAUAUUUUUUUUUUAUACUUUUGAUACUACAAUAUACACAAACCUGUUAGUACGUAGUUUGGAAAACUGUAUGCAUUUUUAACACUGUGUUAAACGUGGAUAUAUAGUUAGAUAAUAGGAAGCGUAUCAAGUAUCAAUGAAUGAGUUCAUGAUAGCAAUCAGAUAUCAAACAUCAAAAAAUGGUAGUUU